AUGCGUGUCGAUAAAGUAGCUCAAGCUGUCGACUAUUUUUCACGUGCGAUUAGUGUCAGCAAAGACAAAAAAGGGUCCAAUAGAGGAUCAACCCCAAGUGCAUUUUAUCGACAGCGAGCAGCAGCGUACCGUAAGAAUGGAGAUUUCGAGAAGGCCGCACAAGAUUACGACCUUGUUCAAAAGAACUCAGGGGGCUCCACUACCUUGGUAGACGAGAGUGUGAUGUACACUGCUGAGCACCUGUACAACACCGUGAAGCGUGCCACAUCUCCGAAGAAAAGAAUCCCUCAACAAAGUCUGUCGGCAGAGUACCUAGAGAGCUCUGAAGAGCGCUUUAAAGUGCAGGAAGAGCUGGAUGAAGCUGAAAUGGGUGCGUCCGACGUCACGUGGGAACCUCCAUGGAAUACUUAUCAAACACCCGUUAAUUCGGACUGGAAGCAAACGCAAUUAGAGCUCUGUGAGCUUGAGCACGGAGAUAUUUUUGGUCACCAAGGGAGGAUUACAAACGCUCCACGUCCAAGCAGCGGGAGCUUCUGCGAGCUGCCACUACACGACCAAAAUCAACCAAUACCAGGCGAACAAGUGUCGCUAUCAACUGUAUGGGGACUGGAAGGGGGACAACGCCAACGCAAUCGGUUGCGCUGGCACUGCGACGUGGAGAAUGUUUUUGUGCGUCAUCAUCCUGGGUUCCACCGCGCCAGUCUCGACAAGAAAAACAGCAGAUUCAUGGAAUAUCUUGCGCCAAGGCAGCGUUGA